UUCACGUAAUGCCACUUUAGUAAAUAUUUAUGUAUUUCUUGUGUAUAUAAAAUCGAAAUAAAAUGGAUACGAGACGAUCUUGUAAAUUACUGUUGGCAGCUACAGGUAGCGUUGCUGCCUUAAAAAUACCGACUCUAAUAAAAGCUCUAUUAGAAAUACCUGCGGACCAAAUGACUUAUGAUUUUGAGGUGCACUUAGUAGUUACCGAACAUGCGAAGCAUUUCUUCAAAAUGUCGGAUUUGCCUGCACACGUGAAAGUUUAUGAUGACAGUUUGGAGUGGCAAGCUUGGAAGCAAAGAGGUGACCCUGUUUUGCACAUAGAGCUUGGCAAGCUGGCUGACAUUAUGGUGAUAGCUCCACUAGAUGCUAAUACUCUGGCUAAGAUGGCCCAAGGUCUCUGUGAUAACUUACUAACCUGCACAACCAGAGCGUGGGACAUGUCCAAACCUUUGAUCUUCUGUCCUGCAAUGAACACAAGGAUGUGGGAGCAUCCCGUCACUACCCAGCAAAUAAGAUUGCUGAAGGAAUGGGGUCAUAUGGAGAUUCCACCGAUCAGUAAGACUUUAAUGUGUGGCGAUACAGGUGUCGGUGCCAUGGCUGAAGUAGAAACGAUUGUAGAGAAAAUCAAAAAUGUUGCCGAUGAGAAAUUCAAUGUAAAAUUUGAUUAAUACUCAAUUGGUGGUAAUUUCAAGUACUUGAUCUUUAUGAUUGUAAUUUAGGAUUAAAUGAAAUUAUAAGGGUACAUAGAGGUUCAAGGAUUAACAAGCCUUUUCUGUUUAUGAGACAUUAUUUCUUAUUUGCACAUCAAAAAUAAUGUUUACAGUACUUAUGAUCAAAUUAUUUUUUUACUUAAACUGUCAAACAUCAUGCGGUCACCAGG